UUUCUGCAACCUUGUGCUGAGAGCUUUUGCAUACAGUGAGUGAACCAGAGGAAGAAGGGAAGCAACAUAAUGGAGGUUGAUGAGCAAGGUUUCUUAGAGGAAUUACUGAGCUUAAGGAGAGAAAGUUGGGAAACCUUUCCUCCACAAAUGAAUGCCACUACUGAUGAUGAAAUGAUGAUGCUGUCGAAUGGAUGGAGUACUUUCAAUUGCUUCAACGAGAUGAUGAUUACUAAUAACCCUCCAAGUUUGCAUUGUUUCCCACCGAGUCCGUCAUUGUUCGGAGAAAUGUCUUCGACAAAGUCACAACUCGAUCUUGUUUCUUCAUUCAAUGAAAUGAGUGUCCCAUUUGGAGAAGAUCUUAGCUUUAUAAUGCCAGAGAUAGGCAAUUUCACUUUUGAGCAAAAGCAAGAUGCAGUACCAACUCCAUUGUUCAUAGAGCAACAUGAUGAUCAAAUGGUUUUACCUAGUCCUUUAUUAUGCAAUGAUCAUCAACCUCAAAAGUUAAUCGAAGAUGAGAACAAUGAUACAAAUCUUAAACUUGAGCAAGUUCAUCAAGCUAGUACGAACCAGAUUCAAGUAUUUGAAACGGGUUUAGAGAGAAAGACGACUAAGGUGAAGAAAGUUGAAGGACAACCAUCAAAGAAUCUAAUGGCGGAAAGACGGCGAAGAAAACGAUUAAAUGACCGCCUUUCGAUGCUCCGUUCCGUUGUUCCUAAGAUUAGCAAGAUGGACAGAACAUCUAUACUUGGAGAUACUAUUGAUUACAUGAAAGAAUUACUUGAUAGAAUCAAAACAUUGAGAGGAGAAAUCGCUCAAAUGGGUGGUUCAACAAACAAUUCAAUGGAUAUCUUUAAGGACAUCAAGUCAAAGGAGAUCCUCAUAAGAAAUACUCCCAAGUUUGAAGUAGAUAGGAGGGAAAUGGAUACUCGAGUCGAGAUUUCGUGCGCAGGGAAACCGGGGUUGUUACUAUCGACUAUUACUGCCAUUGAAGCAUUAGGCCUUGAGAUGCAACAGUGUGUUAUAAGCUGUUUCAGUGAUUUUGCAAUGCAAGCUUCAUGUGCAGAGGAAUUGGAGCAAAGAAAAAUAAUAAGCUCUGAUGAAAUAAAACAAGCAUUAUUCAUUAGUGCAGGUUAUGGAGGAAGAUUUCUUUAGAGACACACCAACAGAUGCAGCAGUACCAAUCGAUUUCUCCGGUUGCGUUUGUUUUUUGCUGAGUUUUUGCACAUAGUUGCAUCCGAAUUUGACUCAUAUGAGUAUGACUCAUUUUAACUCGGAAAAAAAAUUUAUCAUAUAUAUCAUAUUAUUUUUGUU